UCUAGGAAGAACAGGCAAGCAUGACUGACGUAACAAACACUAAUGAGAAAAGACAAGUUUAUGGCCACGAAUGGCAUUUGGUGCCUGGCCCCCGUGACAUAAAGGCGACCAGGACCCGUCGUGGGCAACAGUUGUCGACCAUGUUUGGCCGAGCGUGUUUUGCUGUGACCGUGUUGGUGGCGGUGCUGGUGUGCCACCUGACCGUGCCGGUGGCGCCAGAGCCAACGCCCCUUUUCUCUGGAGCGAGGAAUGCCAUCAGCAACGCAUUCGGUGCGGCGGCAGCAGUGCAUUCAAGUAUACGGACUGCUGCUGCCAAACAAGCGAGGCUGAAGCAGUUCAGGAGCUGUUUGUCGUCGGCUGCGAACAAGAUCCCCAAUGGAAAGGAGCUAGCGCAGAGGUACAUGUUCCACAACCUGCGGACGUGCGUCGACGUAAACAAGACGGCGAGGGACGCGCUGGCCUGCUAUGACCCGACGACCAAAGAGCCGGCUCUGAAACAAUUGGCACGCCUCAUCGUCCCGUGCAUGAAGUUGAAGUGAGGAUGCCGCUGCGUUUAUUUUGUUGGAGAAGUGCAGCAGAGGGUACAGUCAGCGACGGAAUUCGGACGUUAUGUCCAUUUUCAAUUAAAAAUGCGGCUAAAGCCCAAGGCCUAUGGUGGUAUCAGGA